CUGAUCUAUCUAGGGAGGUAGCUGCUUGUAUUAUUAAAGGGAAAACAAAUCUUGUGAUGUUUGACAAAGGAAAUAUUUAUGUUUUGUGCUUCCUAGUUGCUUUAGAACAAAAUUUGCAAGUUUGCAAUCACUCUAUAGCUGGAUGUAGUGGUACCCAAUUUGUAGUAUGAGAAUGACUACCGGAAGUCCAAAAUGCAAGUUGCUACCUAGUUUUGUAAUUAUAGCCAACAUUAUACCACUGAAAUGUGUCAAUUCGCCUUCUCCAAAUCGCAGUUUGUUGGGAUUCAGAAAAUCAGAAACUCCAUGUGCUACUGCUAAGUCAGUAUUGCCUGAUGAAGAACCAAAAACAUCAUAUGUUAUACCUGUACCGGUUGAUGAAAAACCAACGACUCCUCAACUGCUUGCAGAAAGACCACUAUUUGUUGAUGAAGCAUGUGAAGUUUUGGAUCAGGCUCAACUGGAAUCUAUAGGGGCUUCUACUGAAAUUCAAGAUACUCUUAAGAAUGAAGACCUUCGGAAGCUCGUCUGCAGGAUAAAUGAUUCUCCAAAUGCUUUAGAAGAACUCGAAAAGGCUAUGAGCGUGGAUGUGUUUCGUGUAUUCUCUGAGAAGGUAUUGUCUGCAGCAAAUUCUAAAGGGGAACAGCGCUAAUGCUUGUGCAGGUUUCAGUGAGCUUCCCUGUAGCAACAACGAACCAGAUUUGAUAUAAAAGAACACCGUAGUCUCUGCAGACUAACCAAAUCAAAGAGAACAAAUUAAAGGAGAACCUACUCAAUGUUCUUACACACCAGGCUCCAAAUUUUUUUGAUGAAAACCUCACUAUAAUAUGCAUAUGGCAUGCCUUAUUCUUGAACUAUUCAAGAAUAUAGGGUUUCUGUAGCUUUCAUUGUUAGGUAUUGGACUUGUCUAGUGACAGUCAGAUCAACCAAGUUGACAGAAACAUAUUCAGUAACCAUGAUGCUUUAUUUGCACUUAGAAGUGCUAGCGUUGUAUGCUUUAUUUGCACUUAGAAGUGCUAGCGUUGUAAUGGAUAAACCGAUGUGGAUUUUCAUUGUGGUCCUUUGUGCAUGUCUUUGAACUUUUGCUCUC